AUGCUGAUGAAGUCACCAACGACGCCUCCUACGACAACCUCCAGGAUGUUAUGGGCGGCAUUUCUCAUAGAGACUUUGUGGUUAUUGCGGGCGAUUUCAAUUCGCGAACUGGUACCGGCGAUGCCAAUAAAAGACAUAUUGUCGGACCAUUCCCCAUCGGUGACCGCUGCUCGACGGAGAGCGGCUGAUCGACAUUGCUGCUGCAAACCAGGUUACUGUGUCAAGUACUCGAUUCCAGCACCAUCGGCGGCACCUGGUGACUUGGUCACGGUGGGCCUCGAGUGUCCUGGUCUCUCGCGCAUUCGGGGAACCAAAACAGGCAAUGAACAUGGCUCCGACCAUGUCUUAGUUCGUUCGAAGAUGCGCCUUCGCAUGAGAGCCAACAUAGCAUCUAACCGCCCUGUGAAAAACGAUAUUUCGCGACUCAGAUGCCAGCAAAACAGAGCAGUUUAUCAUUCUUUUUUCACAGACUUUCUUUUACAAUUCUUUUGUCAAUAUUUCUCUUUAAUUCUUUUUUUUUCUUUUUUCCCUUUCAUUUUACAAUAUCACAUUUUAAUUUCCUUUUUUUUCACCUUUAUCAUGUGGCUGAUAUUUUAUUUCUUUCUCUUUCACUCUAUUUUUAUUCUUCCAUUCCUUAAAAUGUCUCACAAUUUCCUUUGUCUUUCUCCUUCAUAUAUCUAUCUAUCUAUCUAUCUAUCUAUCUAUCUAUCUAUCUAUGUGUGUAUGUGGGGGAAUCAAUAUCCUGUAUAA